GGAAGCAGCGCCGGUUCCGCUGGACUCUUGACUCGCUUCUGCUGCAGGAAAAGUACCGGCCGGUCAGAGUUUAUUGUUCCAGGACUGAAGUUCUGGUCCGGUUCUGAGAGUGAGGAUGCAGACAGAGAUGGUGCAGAUCGACGGCAGCGUGAUGGAGGGGGGCGGGCAGAUCCUGAGACUGUGCGCGGCGCUGAGCGGGAUCACCGGCUCCGCCGUGGAGGUGAGCAAGGUCCGGGCGGGAAGAACCACGCCGGGACUCAGACCGCAGCACCUGAGCGGGCUGCAGCUGGUAUCAGACCUGUGCUCCGGCGACCUCCAGGGAGGAAGCAUCGGCUCCACCGACGUCACCCUGACCCCGGGAAAGAUCCGGUCCGGGAACCACACGGCCGACACGCAGACGGCAGGGAGCGUGUGUCUGCUGCUGCAGGCCGCCCUGCCCUGCGCCCUGUACGCCGACGGCGGCUCGCAGCUCUGCCUGAAGGGCGGAACCAACGCAGAGAUGGCGCCACAGAUCGACUACACCGUCAAGGUCUUUAAACCCAUCCUGGAGAAAUUCGGAGUCCGAUUCGACUGCGACAUCAAAAUGAGGGGUUACUACCCGAAGGGCGGCGGGGAGAUUCUGGCGACGGUGAACCCGGUGAAGGAGCUGCAGCCCGUCAACAUGACGGAGCGAGGAAACAUCACCAAGAUCCACGGCAGAGCGUACGUGGCCGGCGUGCUGCCCUACAAACUGGCCAAAGACAUGUCGACGGCCGCCGUCAGAACCAUCCGGAAGGAGAUCAAGGACCUGUACAUCAACAUCCAGGCGCUGCAGGAGAAGGAGAAGGCCUUCGGGAGCGGGAACGGCAUCAUAAUCAUCGCCGAGUCGUCUACAGGUUGUCUGUUCGCAGGGUCGGCGCUGGGAAAGAAAGGCGUCUACGCGGACAAAGUGGGGAUCGAGGCGGCCGAGAUGCUGCUGAGGAACCUGCGGCACAACGGCUGCGUGGACGAGUUCCUGCAGGACCAGCUCAUCAUCUUCAUGGCGUUGGCGAAGGGAACGUCCCGGAUCCGGACCGGCCCCGUGACGCUACACACACAGACGGCCAUCCACAUCGCAGAGCUGCUGACUCAGGCAAAGUUCACGAUAACGAAGUGCGAGGACGAGCUGAGCAGCGGCAUCACCCACAUCAUCGAAUGUCAGGGAUCAGGAAUAGAGAACCCCCACCUGUAGCUGUACCCCCCCCUACCCCCUCCCCACCCCGCUCCCCCAACACGCUCUGUAAACACACACUGCUGGACUUGGUAGCUGCUCCCCUCCCCCGCCAACCCUCUUAGCUUCUGUCUCUCAGGGUUUUUCCUUAAGAACUGUAAUAAAUGAAUAAAUAAAACUCUUCCCAACAA